AUGUCCAUGACAGGGCCUCCCGGCGGUCCGAAGACCGAUAUCGACCCCGUCCGGGCCGCCGAGAGCAACACGGGGAUGAUUUUGGGAGUCUUGACGGUGUUCCAUGUCAUCGCCCUCACCUUCGUGGCCCUCAGGGUCUACGCCAGAGCCGUGGUCAUCAAAACCUUUGGCAAGGAUGAUAUUUGCAUGGUGUUAUCUGCUGGGUACUGGAAUCCCGCCGUCAAGCCCAAAUGCUACCCCAUCCCGUUGUUCGUCACCUUCGCGCUGGUCAACACGGGGUUCAACAUCUUUACCGACGUGCUCUUCGCCACUUUCCCGAUCCCAAUUAUCUGGACGCUGAAGAUGAAGCGGAAGCUGAAGGUCUACUUGAUCGCCAUCUUGAGCUUGGGAUAUUUUGCUGUGGCGAUGGGUAUCGUCAAGUCCGUCUACCAGAUCGCUUUCGCUAGAAUGCCCGAUAAGACGUUCAACCAAAGCAUCCAGUUCUGGGGAUUUCUCCAACUCCAACUCGGCAUAAUCGCCGCGUGCGCAACCUCGCUCAAACCCCUCUUCAGCCGCAUCCUCAAACUCAACACCACCGACCGCUACUACAACACCCCCGGCGGGCGGUACGGCUACGGCUCACACUCACGAGGCAACCGAAUGACGGGCCGAGGUUACGGCGCGGGCACGGGCACGGGGGGCAACACGGGGACGGGCACGGGGACGGGCAAGCAGGCGUCCGCGCACGAGUACGAACUGGAGACGGCGCGCGGGUCGGCCGACGACGGGAACCUGUCCAACGGCAAGGGCGAGACGUACAGCACGGCGACGAGCUUCUACAAGCACGGCUCGGCCGAGGGCUCGGGCAGCGAGGAGAUGAUUUUGGGGGCCGCGCCCGGGACGCUGCGCCUCACGCCACCGCCGCAUGCCGUCAUUAGCCCCGAGGCCGCGGCGAGGGGGAUUGUCAGGACCACCGAGGUGCGCGUUUCGGUUAAGUAA